AUGAUUGCUUCAACCAGCAGCACAGAGGGCCUCACCAUAGCCGAGGGUUCCAAUGAUAGCAAAGGCACAACGACUCCGGUGACUAGCGCUGAGGACGCUGAAAUGCAAGAUGAUCUCCGCCAGAAUGACAGGCAUGACGAUAUUGCUAUAAUAGGCAUGGCGUGUCGGGUCCCAGGAGACGUGAAGUCCCCCUCCGCAUUGUGGCAGUUCCUUCUCGAGAAAAGUGAUGCUUCAGGCGACAUACCCUCCUGGCGCUGGGAUCCCUAUCGACAACGUCAUCCUCGAAACGCGGCGAUAUUAGCGCAAACAACAGCUAAGGGCUACUUCCUCAACGACAUUGACCAGUUUGAUGCUGCCUUCUUCGCAAUCUCCCCGCGCGAGGCGGAGCAGAUGGAUCCCCAGCAACGAAUUGCCCUCGAGGUUGCCUGGGAGGCCUUGGAGGAUGCAGGCAUCUCUCCAUCCCGCCUCGCGGGUUCAAAUACAUCCGUCUACAUGGGUGUCAACUCCGAUGAUUAUGCCAAGCUGGUCUUGGAAGACCUUCCCGAUGUCGGGGCUCAUAUGGGCGUUGGCACGGCCUACUGUGGCAUUCCUAGUCGUAUAUCCUAUCUGCUGGAUCUGAUGGGUCCUAGCGUUGCACUGGAUGCGGCCUGUGCAUCAUCACUGGUCGCCGUACACCAUGCUCGACAGGCUAUCCGCGCGGGCGAGACCGAUCUAGCCAUCGCAGGUGGUGUCAACGCGCUACUGGGACCCGGGUUAACCCGUGUGCUGGAUGAAGCGGGAGCUAUCUCCACGGAUGGAAAGUGUCGGUCCUUCGACGAAUCCGCUAGCGGGUACGGCCGAGGCGAAGGAGCGGGUGUGGUCAUCCUAAAGCGUCUGGAUAAAGCCCUGACGGAUGGCGAUCAGGUAUUGGCCGUGCUCAAGGGCAGUGCGGUGGCCUCAGAUGGCAAAACGCUUGGAAUCAUGGCCCCUAACGCCCGAGCACAGCUUCUCGUCGCCCAAAAGGCGCUCAAUGAGGCGAAGGUGACGCCUGACUCCAUCAACUAUAUUGAGGCCCAUGCCACUUCUACAUCACUGGGCGACCCAACAGAAAUUAGUGCUCUAGCCGAGGUAUACGGAGUGCAAUCUGGACGGCAUCCAUGCGAGCCGUGUUAUAUCGGUUCCAUCAAGCCCAACAUUGGCCAUUUGGAAGCUGGUGCUGGUGUCAUGGGUCUCAUCAAGGCCGUGCUUGUGCUCCGCCAUGGCCAAGUGCCCCCGCAGGCUAAUCUGCAGACGUUGAACGGUAAAAUCGCAUGGAAGGAGAGCUUCCUAUGCCCGGCCCGCGAACUGGUGACAUUAUCCAAUGGCCACCCAUCACGGCCGUUGCGGGCGGCCGUAGCAUCCUACGGAUACAGCGGCACGGUAUCCCAUGCGAUUAUCGAAGCCUUUGAAGGGAGAUCCCUGUUUGCCGAGCGACUAAGCCUGAUCCCGGACAAAGAUGCUACGCCGGUCCUCCUUCUCUUAUCCGUGCCGCAAGCAAACCGAAUCUGUACAACAGCCGGGGGCCUUAGCCAAUGGUUGCGCGACACUGAUGGAGCGGUAUCCCUGGCGACAGUCGCGUCCACGCUGUCGCAGCGCCGCGCGCAUCAUCGCUUUCGCCAUGCCAUCGUCGCUGAUUCUGUCGCAAACGCCAUCGCUACACUCGAUGAUCUGGCCAAGGAUGUGCCGAAUCGAUGGGUGAUCAACAACCGUAUUGGAACCGAGGCAGCCAAGGGCUCAGUCUGGGUGUUCUCGGGCCAUGGUGCGCAGUGGCCAGACAUGGGUCGCGAAUUAUACCACUCUAGCCCGGUAUUUGAGGAAGUCGUGCGCAACCUGGAGCCGAUUAUUCAAGCCGAGUUAGGGUUCUCCGCGAUUGAAAGCCUACACGUCGGCUAUCCAGAGCGCACUGAUUUUAUCCAGGCGAUUACAUUCCUCAUGCAUCUAGGAAUUGCCGCCGUCCUCGAAGCAGAGUCCGGUCCUCCUACCGCUGUCGUGGGUCAUUCCCUGGGCGAGGCCGCCGCGGCAGUCAUCUCUGGGGCUCUGACCUGGCAAGAAGGAGCUGUCGUGGUAUGUCGGCGAGCGCGUCUUUACCGCGAGCUCAUGGGACAAGGUGCCAUGGCCCUGGUUCGCCUGCCGGCAUCUGACGCUCGUGCUCGUAUGGCCACGCACCAAGGCGCGUCCGUCGCAAUCGAGGCGUCCCCAACCGCAUGCGUGGUGUCCGGCACCGUUGACGCAGUCCACAAGUUGUCCGAACAAUGGUGUGAAGAAGGCAUUGAGGUGCGUGCUGUCGCCACAGAUGUGCCCUUUCAUACAUCGCUGCUGGAAAAGCUGGCAGGUCCCCUCCGCGACGCGUUGAAGGACGAGCUCCACCCUCAGGUGCCGCAUCGGACGCUGUAUUCGACUUCGCUCUUGGAUCCACGCUCAGAGGUACCUCGCGAUGCGGAAUACUGGGUGAUGAAUAUGGUCCAACCUGUCCUACUACAGUCGACAGUGGCGGCGCUGGUGGACGAUGGAUUCCGCGCAUUUGUGGAGGUGGCGAGUCAUCCCAUCAUAACGCAUUCGAUCAUUGAGACCAUCAGCGAGCAAACGCCGGACCGGUUUAUCGCGACACCCACAAUGGUGCGUAACCAGCAGGCACGAAAGAGCAUCUUGGCCGCCGUGGGCCGUUUGCAUUGCUUCGGCUGCGCGGUAAAACCCAUAGAUCUUGACCCGACUGCGCAAUGGAGUUCUUCAGUACCCGGUACUAUUUGGCAUCAUCAGCCAUUCUAUCGCGCUGUGAGCAGGAUGACAGCUGCACAACUGGUGCCGACUCACAAGCCAGCCGCCAAUGACUUACUGGGGACUCGCACCGCGCUGUGGGGAACGGACGAGGUACUUUAUCAAACCCGCCUCGAGGAAGACAAUCGGCCAUUUCCUGGACGUCACCCACUCCACGGGUCAGAGAUCGUCCCUGCCGCUGUGCUUUUGCGCACAUUCCUGCGCGCUCUGUCCCCCAGGAGUGUAGAGAAAGUGUCGCUUCAGGUGCCUGUAGUUGUGUCUCCGGCUCGCCAGAUCCAGAUCCGGCAUGAUACGCACAACAUUACUAUAACUUCUCGCCUAGAGGAGUCGACAAGCAAUGAAGAUGGGUCAUGGCUUGUCAAUACCACCGCGACCGUGGGCGCGGCUGAUGCUGCACCCUCAGUCAGCCAUAUCAACAUAGUGGAGAUCGGGAAAAGACUGCCACAGAAACUGACAAAUAGCUUUUCGAUAGACUACCUCGCCUCUGUAGGCGUUUCUGCCAUGGGAUUCCCAUGGCGGGUAGCGCACCACGUGGCCAGCGACAACGAGAUGCUGGCCAGGGUAGACGCCAAUUUGGACAGCCUGCCCGGCAUGGAUGAUCUUUUGACAUCCGUCAUGGAUGCAGCAACCUCCAUCGCGUCCACCCUUUGGCGCCGUGAGCCUCGACUUCGUAUGCCCACAACAGUCCGUCGUGUCGUCGCCGUUGACGUGUCCACCCCCCGUGUCGUGUACAUCUACUGCACCAAGGCACAAUCCUCCGUCGACGCAGCUGACGUGAUUAUCAGCGCUGAGGAUGGGAGCGUGCUAGUGGAGAUUCAGGGUAUGGCCUUUGCCGGUGUCGAGGGCGAGUCGUUAUCGCGAAAAAGUACCUCUGGUCUGGUGCACCAAAUCAGCUGGCCGCCAGCCGCGCUGGUUGAGGAGCCGCUGAAAUUCUCCCACAUCGCAUUCCUGACACCAGAUGCCACCAACACCCACGUGGGAAUUUACCAGGGACAGCUUGAGAGCAGCGGUCUAUCUACCUCUAUUCAUCAGCAUGCCUCCGACUUGCCCUUGACAACUCAUUCGUCUCUGGCGGUUGUCUACCUUCCUCAAGUCACCGAUCAAAUCUUCGAGACUGCUAUCAACACCUGCAACGACCUCGUUUCAGCAGCGCAGAUAAUUCUAUCCCUCUCAAAUAGAACCCCCGUACGUCUCUUUGCCCUAACCUGCGAAGCCAACAUAGGCCACAGCGCCCUCACUGGCCUCGGUCGGAUUCUGCACACCGAACACCCCGAGAUCUGGGGCAGCCUCAUCGAUCUUGACGAUCCUUUGGUCUUCCCGCUCAUGGCAAUGCGUUACGUGCGUAACGCCGAUGUCAUCAAGAUCCAGGAUGGGGUCCCACGCACCGCUCGCCUCCGCCCGCUCCGCCCCACCCCGCCCCACCCUACCGCCGGACCCGCGGCUCUCACAUUCUCCCCGGCAUCCACAUAUCUAAUUACCGGCGGACUUGGCUGUCUCGGCCUCUCCGUAGCCCAUUGGAUGGUCAGUAAAGGUGCGAGACGUAUCCUGCUGUUAUCUCGUCGCUCUCUACCGCCGCGCUCCACCUGGACCGCCUCGCACAACCCCGAAGUCCAGUCCAUUGUCCAAAGAAUCCUCUCUCUUGAACGCCUCGGUGCUACAAUCCAUUCCCUAGCCAUCGACCUUUCCCAUCCGUGUGCGGUUUCCAGCCUUCGUUCGGCUCUCGCCAUUCUCAACCUUCCACCCGUUGCCGGCGUCGUUCACGCCGCUGGUAUCCUCCACGACCAGCUCAUCGAGCAAAUCACCCCCGAAGCAUUCGAAGCUGUCCUCGCGCCAAAAAUCGCAGGUGCUUUGGCGCUGCACGCCGUCUUCCCUCCCAGCUCCCCCGGGCUGAACUUCUUCGUCCUCUUCUCUUCUUGUGGCCAACUCCUGGGAUUCCCGGGUCAGGCGUCAUAUGCAAGUGGAAAUUCAUUCUUGGACGCUUUGGCACGAUUACGCAGAAGGGAGGGUGAUAAUUCCAUCUCUCUUCUUUGGACAUCUUGGCGGGGCAUGGGUAUGGGAGCUAGUUCCAAUGGAGCCCUUGAGGCGGAACUGCAUGCCCGUGGUAUCACGGAUGUGACUCCUGACGAGGCGUUCCGGGCUUGGAGUUUGAUCUCGGCCAGUGAGGGUGCCGACCAUGGAGUGGUUCUUCGUGCUCGACCGCUUGAAUCCGGGGAGCCUCUGCCACAUGUGAUUCUGAGAGAUAUUGUAACGAGGAAAGAACAGGUUGCCGAUGGGGUAACUGGGGAGGUAGUCCAACAGAGGAAGAAGUUGACUGGUACCGAAUUGGCUGAGUAUUUGCGUUACGCUGUGAAAAAGUGCGUGUCGACAACAUUGUCGAUCCCGGAGGAUGAGGUAGAUGAGACAGUCGCGUUGCCGGAAAUGGGCAUGGAUUCUGUUUUGACGGUCAAUUUCCGGAUGAGCUUGCAGCAGACACUGACGGUGGGUGUUGGACCAACGUUGGUGUGGAAGUAUCCUACGGUGCAUCAUCUGGUAGAAUAUUUCUGCCGAGUUUUUGAGGAAAUGUAG